AAGCGGGGCUUUAAGGGAACUUGCAGUGAGAGGGAGCAGACUGAAGAGCUGGGCUCUGCUGCAAGGAGAGGGGCACAAUGAAGUUUCUCAUGCUGAUCGUGGCCUUGCAGGUUUCUGCCUCUGGGGCUGCUGCCAUGAAUGACACAGAAUUUGCUAAAGGGUACUUGAAAAAAUUUUAUGACUUUGACGAUGACAGAAUUCCAGUGACAAAAACAAAAACCAAUAGAAACUUCCUAGAAGAAAAAAUCCAGGAAAUGCAGCAGUACUUUGGGCUUGAAGCAACUGGGCAACUGGACACGCCAACUCUGAAGAUAAUGCACACACCUCGGUGUGGAGUGCCUGACGUGCAGCAUCUUAGAGCAGCGCCCUGGAGGUCAAGAUGGAUGAAGCGUAACCUCACCUACAGGAUCUAUAAUUACACUCCUGACAUGAAGCGUUCGGAUGUUGACUACAUAUUUCAGAAAGCUUUUCAAGUCUGGAGUGAUGUGACUCCUCUGAGAUUCCAGAAGAUUUAUAAAGGCGUGGCUGACAUUAUGAUACUUUUUGCAUUUGGAGCUCAUGGAGAUGGCAGUUCUUUUGACGGCAGAGGGGGCACCUUGGCCCACGCUUUUUACCCUGGAUCUGGUAUUCAAGGAGACGCGCAUUUUGAUGAGGCAGAAACCUGGACUAAAAGUUCUCGAGGCACGAACUUGUUCCUCGUUGCUGUUCAUGAGCUUGGCCAUUCCUUGGGGCUGCAGCACUCUAAUCAUCCCAAGUCAAUCAUGUACCCCACCUACAGUUAUCUUGACCCCAACACAUUUCGCCUCUCUGCUCAUGACAUACGUAGCAUUCAGACCCUGUAUGGAGCUCCGGUGAAAAGCCCACAGUUGGCAAAUUCUGACAGUCUACCAACAGCUGCCUGUCACCAAAGCUUGAGCUUUGAUGCUGUCACAACAGUGGGAGAUAAAAUCCUUUUCUUUAAAGACAGGUUCUUGUGGUGGAAGCUGCCCGGGAGCCCAGACACCAACUUUACUUCAAUUUCUUCCGUAUGGCCAACCAUCCCAUCCGGCAUUCAAGCUGCCUACGGAAUUGAAGGCAGAAACCAACUUUUUCUUUUUAAAGACGACAAGUACUGGUUAAUAAAGGACUUAGUGCCACAGCCGAGCUAUCCCAGAAGCAUAUACUCUCUGGGCUUCCCUGAGUCCGUGAAGAAGAUUGAUGCAGCUGUCUUUGACCCGCUUCGCCAGAAAGUCUAUUUCUUUGCAGAUAAACAAUAUUGGAGGUAUGAUGUGAGGCAACAGCUCAUGGACCCCGCUUAUCCCAAACUGAUUUCCACACACUUCCCAGGAGUUGAGCCUAAAAUUGAUGCAGUCUUCUAUUUCAGAAAGCACUACUACAUCUUCCAAGGAACCCACCAACUAGAAUAUGACGCCCUGUUGCCCCGUGUCACCAAAAAGCUGAAAAGCACGAGCUGGUUUGGUUGUUAGGAAGGAUUCGGUGAAGGGUGCUUGCCAGCUCUUCCCUCUCAUAAGUGUGUGUUACAUAGUCACUGUACGCUCAGGGUCUAACUACAUGACAACAAUGGAACAUGGAAUAAGGUCAGGUGUCCAGACCACGGGUAAAUAUUUACACAGAAAAAAAUGCUUUCAUAAAAUUUAACCUGCUUCUGUAAACCUUUUCACUUGAUUCUAAGUUUUGAAAGCAGAUGCUUUCAGAGGCCACCAGGUUUCUCUGAAACUUGUUUUCUAACCACCUUUAGGUGGGAAAAUUCCCUGUCUUCACUGAAAUUUAACAUGUAUUCUUUUCUCAAAUAAAUUUAAAGAAAGUAUUUUGUAAUGGAAGUUUCGGUUUCUCUGAAAACUCAGUUAUGUUAUGUAAAUAUGUGUUUGUUUUAAUCUCAAGAGUGGGAUUUUAGUUUGGGCUUUAGUUUGUCCACAGCUAAUAAUUGCCAAAUGCGGGGUGUGGUCUUUGCCACUUGGUAGAGGCCUGCCUCCUGCAGCAUGGAGAGGGGUGUGGUCUAGGACUUUGAGGGUGAUAAUUUCGAGAGCCCAGAAAGAGAAAGUGUGGCAGUUUGGAGAGACCCAGGAGAGAUGCUCAGUGGAACAGCAAUUGGAGGAGAAAGACAGAGGACACCCUGGCUGCCUUUGCUGUUGACAGAGAUUGGUACUGACCCAAAAGACGCCAUCGACUCUAAACAGCUGGGAAAACUGCAAUGGUUUAUGCCUCCUCUCUCCCCUAACCUUCUCCCUCUCUCACUUACCUAGGGUUAAGGAGUUGGCAGAAUGGAGGUAGAGGCCUAAAUACCCCAAAUAAAAGUGUUAAAAACAA